AUGAUGGAGUCCGGCGGUGGCGAGCUUCUUCCCGGACCAGCGUUGCCCGUCACCUCCAAACCCGGCGGUGGCCGUGGCGGUUGGUGUGCCGCCCUCUUCAUCGUCGCGGUGGGAUUCUUUGAGCGUAUUGGGUUCGUCGGCGUGUCGGCCAACUUGAUCAUGUACCUCACCGGCCCACUUGGCAUGUCCACGGCUGCCGCGGCCGCCGGCGUGAACGCGUGGUCUGGGACCGUGAACGUGCUGCCGCUCGUCGGCGCGCUCGUUGCUGACUCGCGACUUGGCCGGUAUCGAGCGGUCCUGGCCGCCUGUGUGCUCUAUCUUCUGAGCUUGGGAAUGCUAACGGCCUCAUCCAUGAUGCCAACCGCGAGCUCGCCGCCGUCCGCGUCUCCUGCACGGCUCACCGCCUUCUACGUCGCGCUGUACCUGCUGGCUCUGGCGCAAGGCUUCUACGGGCCAUGCGGGGAAGCCUUUGGCGCGGACCAGUUCACGCCUAGCGACAGCGGCGAACCCAGCGCCCCCGCGCUCCGGAGCUCGUACUUCAACUGGUUCCACUUCUCCAUGUCCUGGGGCUACGCCAUCGCGACGGCCGGGCUGAGCUACGUCCAGGACAACGCCGGCUGGACCGUGGGUUUCGGCGCGUGCUGGACCGCGUUGGCAAUAUGCCUUGCCGUCUUCUUACUUGGCACGCGGACGUACCGUGCCAAGCAACGACCCGUUGAUGGCGGCACGUUCGCUGAGACCGUGCAGGCGUUGGGCGCGAGGGUCUUCCGUCGAAAGGACACCAUAACUCCAACUGAUGAAAGGCUGCUUCUACCUCCACAACCUGAGCAGGGCGGACUCAUAGCUAAGCUGCUCCCGAUAUGGUUGACGAGCUUAGUCUUCACGGCCAUCUACUCGCAAGUGUCAACUCUGUUCACCAAGCAAGCCAGCACAUUGGACAGACACCUUGGCACGACGACGGGCCUCGUCGUGCCGCCCGCUGCGCUCCAGUGCUUGAUCAAUGUCACCUUCAUCGUCAUGCUCCCGUUAUAUGACCGCGUCAUUGUGCCCCUCGCGAGGCGCCUGACCGGGCACGCCGCGGGCAUCACGAUGCUCCAGCGCAUCGGCGCCAGCAUGGCCACGUCCUGCGUCGCCAUGGUCGUCGCGGCGCUCGUGGAAGUCAGGCGGCUCCGCGUGGCCAGAGACGCGGGCCUGGUCGACCGGCCGGACGUGGCUGUGCCGAUGAGCCUGUGGUGGAUGAUUCCGCAGUACGUUCUCAUGGGCCUCGCCGAAGUGCUGGGUAAGGUUGGUCUCGAGGAGUUCUUCUACGACCAGGUGCCCGACACUCUCCGCAGCGUCGGGCUCGCGCUGUGCCUGAGCAUCUUUGGUGUGGGAAGCUACGCCAGCGGCAUGCUUGUGUCCGUGGUCGACUGGGCCACGAGAAGCAAGGGUGAGAGCUGGUUCUCCGACAAUCUCAACCGAGCGCACCUCGACUACUUCUACGGGCUCCUCGCAGGGCUCGCGGCUCUGGAGGUAGCCGCGUUCUUGCAUUUCGCAAAUCAAUACGUCUACACAAACAAAGCCGAGCUAUGA